AUGGCAAAGGCAGGCAGUGGGGGCAUCUUCCUGCACAGCUGCGCCAUCUCCCUCCUCUCCCUGCAGCUCCUGCCAGCUGGGGAAGGGAGAGCCGAUUUCAAGGUCCUUGGGCCGGACAGCCCCAUCCUGGCCACCGUGGGGGAGGACGCAUUGCUGCCCUGCAGACUGUCCCUCAACCUCAGCGCGGAGGACAUGGAGCUGAGGUGGUACAGGAGCCGGCCCUCGCCCGCCGUGUACCUGCACAGGCGUGGAGCACAGGUGUCCAGAGAGCAGAUGGCAGAGUACCGGGGGAGGACGACUUUCCUGGGUGACCACCUGGCCAGGGGCGAGGCUGUGCUGAGGAUUCACAACGUCACCGUGUAUGACAACGGGACCUACCACUGCCUCUUCAGGGACGGGGAGCCUCACAGCGAGACCACCCUGGCGCUGCAGGUGGCAGGGCUGGGCUUGGAACCCAGAAUCCAUGUGACCGAGGACCUGGACAAGGGCAUCCGAGCCGAGUGCACCUCAGCAGGCUGGUACCCAGAGCCUCACGUGGAGUGGAGAGACUUCAGGGGGCGUGCAGUGCCAGCUGUGACCCGUUUCUCAGCCUCAGCCACCACCGGCCUCUUGGCUGUGCUGUCCAGGGUGGCCGUCCCAGACAGGAGCAUGGGGGGUCUCACCUGCUCCAUCUCCAGCCCCCUGCUCCACGAGAGGAAGGUGGCUGAGAGCCACCUUCCCGUGAGUCCCUCGCUGGACCCCGCCACAGCCAGCCCCAAGCUCUCCCUGUCUGAGGAUCAGAAGAGUGUGAGGCGGCUGCUCUUCGACCAGGACCUGUCCCCCAGUGCCAGCAGGUUUGACCAGGACCCCUGCGUGCUGGCCCAGGAGCAGUUCUUUGCCGGGCAGUACUACUGGGAGGUCGAGGUGGGGGACAGGAAGGCCUGGAUGCUGGGCGUGUGUCUGGGCAGUGUGGGCCGGGAGGGCAGGGUCCCCAAGGCCCCCCAGCACGGCCUCUGGGCAGUGGAGUUUUACAAGGAGCGACUCCAGGCCCUGACCUACCCCAGGACGCAGCUCCGGCCUCCCCGGCGCCUCUGUCGGGUGGGUGUUUUCCUGGAUUGUGACAGGGGGAAGAUUUCUUUCCACAAUGCGGCUGACGGGUCCCUGGUCUAUGCAUUCUCUGGCCUCUCUUUCGCUGGCCCACUGCAGCCAUUCCUCUGUCUCUGGACUCAUGACCCCAGCCCCCUGACCUUCUGCCCUGUGGUCAGAGAGACCCAGGAAGAUGCUGGGGGCUCCAGGGACCCCGGCAGCCCUGCUCUGUUUGCACCCACCUGGUCUGGGAUUGGGUGCGCCACCGCCAAGAUUUGUUCCUCUUUCCCCCACAUCGCUCGCUCCAGGAUCGCGGCCGUGGGGUCGUCGGCGCCCGCGGGGAACGGCAGCCCCGAGCGCGCCGCCGCCAGACCCCGCAAGCCCGCAGGCCUGGGCCCGGAGCUGUGGAUGCUGCAGCCACCAAUGCGCUGA